AGAACCACACUGCUCUUUCUCAUCCACUACUACAGAGAAUCUUAUUAGAGCGAGUUUGCUUAGUACAUUUGUCUUCAAUCCUCUUGUGUUGCUAAGGAAAAUGGCUUACUCAAAGACUUUUCUUCUUCUUGGUCUUGUCUUUGCUGUGGUUCUUCUCGUCUCCUCCGAGGUCUUAGCUCGUGAGCUAGCUCAGGAGACUGAGCAAACUGACGCAGUGAAUGAGGACAAGUACCAUGAUCACGAUGGAGACCAUGAUCACCAUGAUCACGAUCACCAUGAUCACGAUGGAGACGGUGAUCACCAUGAUCACGAUCACCAUGAUCACGAUGGAGGUCAUGGUGCUGCUGGAAAGAAACUUGAAGAGACCGACCGACGUGGACGUCGUGGUGGUGGCCGUGGACGUCGAGGUGGUGGCCGUGGACGCCAUGGAUAACCAGGUCAAUAGGUCAUGGUGCUGCUGGAGAGAAACUUGAAGAGACCGACGAAAAUUAGAUUAAUCCUUUGUCCUAAGGUUUCUGAAUGGGUGUGUCUUAUCAAUAUGUGUUACUUGUCUAAGCUUGUAUGCCAAUAAGGUUUAACUUUCAACCAUAGUUUCUACCCAAAA